AUGAACUCCGGUGGUGGAAAGAUGACGAGGUCUGAGGGUUAUAAAGUGAAGAGGAGACGAGAGAGAAAAGUGGCGUCGUUGGAUCUGAAAGCUGAGCAAAACAGAACCAAGAUGACAUUGAGCAGAGAAACAUUAAACAGGUUAGAGGAUGGAAUGACAAAAAUCCAUGUCCUUAGCUUCAAAUUGUACUUCAAGUUCCAUCACUGGUACUCAUUCUGUUCACUGUUAUCUCAACUCACAACAUUAUCAAAUCUUGCUUCCUCUCCCAAUAAUGACUGA